UCGUGACUAAUCCAACCAAAUUAACCCCAAAAACACUACAAUCUCUCCUCCAAUCACAACGAACAAUCACUAAAUCCAAUUACCUAUCCCGGAAACCCAACUGUAACUCCCAAAUCCCGUAAAUCGAGCGUUGUUUACAAAGUGGUGCCCCUGUGACGUCACGGGUGUGAAUGACGAGUCGGGAGGCCAUUUUCCACCAUUCAGUGCGCUGUUGAGGCUCGGAGUGAGAGGACGUUCCCCUUUUUUUUUUCUCCGCGUCCCCUUUUUACGUGCUUUUGCUUGUGGAUAAUCGUCGAGCGGAUUCGAUUUUAUUUUUUGGAUUUUAAAGGUCGUCAAAGGCCCGUCUCCCGAAGUCGCCGGGCGCGUCCAGCUGGCGGGCGGCUCGAGAGAGAGGAGGAGAGAGGACGUCGAGAGGCCGGAGCGAAUUCGUCGAGGGAAGACGCGAGGAAGCGUAGAAGCGAGCGAGGCGGCGAGCGAGCGAGUCUUGGGCCCCGAAGGACGUCGAAAGGAGCAGCGCUCGGGCCGCAGGUCCUUCGCCCGCCCCAGAGCAGCCGAGAGCGCAGUCCCGCCGUGGAAUGAGCUCGUGAGCGAGUGCGUGCGGCUGCGUGCGCGGGCGAGCGGACGGGCGUGCGUGUGUGCGUGCGUGCGACGGCGCCGCUUGGCGUGGACGCGAGCGAGGACGCGAGGAGAGUGGCUUGGCGCGGCGUGGCCGGCCAUGAGCAGGUGGUAAGGGUGGCGGGCGAGAGCAGCGGGCAUGCGGCGGGGGGGCGCGCCCUGACCCACGCCCAGGACACGCCCGCGGCCGCCAUGGGCCAGGGCUCCAGCUACCCGCACCCCGUGCCCCCGCCCCAGCGGCCGGCGUCCCCCUGGGCCGUGGAGCCCCUGCCCGAGCCCGCCCGCAGCCCCCACCAGGUCCGCCAGCGCCUGCACCUCCAGCCGCGGGACGGGCGCGAGCAGGUGGAGCAGCAGGAGCGCCGCCACCAGCUGCAGCAGGAGGCGCUGGCCGGCUGCUGCGGCUCGGGCAGCCCCGCCGCCGCCGCCACCACGUGCAGCUGCGGCGGCGGCCUCACGUCGACGGCGGCCAUCUACGGCACGGCGGCGGCGCCCGACCCCGUGCCGCACCCCGUGGUGGUGACGCCGCCGCGCGCCGUGCCGCACCACCACCACCACCUGCGGCACCAGCUGGACGCCGCCGUCGCGCUCGCUCCCGCACCGCGCGCGCGGCGGCCCUCUGCGUGA